AAAAAAGAUUUGCACACUUUGUUUCCACACUCGCUCUGUUUGACCACUUCUUCUUGAACUCGCUCUCUGUAGCUCGCUUCAGGGCAGAGUUUUGGACGCGUUGGACGACUACUGAGGAGAUAGUUAGGGCGGCAAAUGGGAAACCAAGAUGAGACAAAGGAGUCAUCCGAGUACGGAGAACCUGCACAGUAUGACCCAAAUUUCAAAGGGCCAUUGAAAAAGAGAGGAUGCACCGAUAUCAUCUGUUGUAUCCUGUUCAUACUUGUCAUUCUUGGAUACAUCGUAGUUGGAAUGUUAGCAUGGCUCUACGGUGAUCCGAGACAUGUUCUUUACCCAAGAAACUCAACCGGCUGGUUCUGUGGCACCGGACCUAACAAGGACAAGCCCAAUAUCUUGUACUAUGACAUCCUCAAGUGUGCCACGUCUGUCAACAUCAUGGCGGGCUCUCUGGACAAACUGCAGUGUCCAACCACACAGGUGUGUGUGGAAAAAUGUCCCAGUACGUUCUGGGCUGCCGGCGUGGAAGCCUAUUUCCCAAAUGUGAAACCAGCUGACGUGUUCAAUCAAAGUUACUGUGUUCCGUCCAUCAACCUGACAAACACAGAUCUGACUGUUCUCGACAUUGUGGAAAAGGAGCUGUGUCCUUUUUUCCUUCUUCCAACAAAGUCUGCACUGGGGCGAUGUUUACCUGACAUCACAGUACUGGGGGACAUCGCACCAGACUUCUCCAAAAUUCCUGGCUUUCCAGAAUCCGUCGAUGACACAGUCAAUCAAAUCAAGAAUGGAACUGGGGAUGUGUUGGAAGGCUUCAACGCCCGGGAAAUUGGCCUCCGGAUCUUCGAAGAUUUUGCCACAGCGUGGCCGUGGAUUCUUCUCGGUCUCUGCAUUGCCAUGGUGGUGAGUCUGCUCUUCCUCCUGCUGCUGAGGUUCACCGCUCCCGUCAUGGUGUGGGUGCUGAUCCUGGGCGUCCUCGGAGCUGGAGCCUACGGAAUUUGGCACUGCUACUGGGAGUACGACAGCCACAAAGAGCGGUCUGCCUCCAUCAGCGACAUCGGUUUCACCACCAACUUCAAAGUGUAUCUGCAGGUGCAAGAGACCUGGUUGGCCUUUUUGAUCAUCAUCUCAGUCGUGGAGGCCAUUCUUCUCCUUACACUGCUCUUCCUGAGGACCAGGAUCCUCAUCGCCAUUGCUCUGAUCCAGGAGUCCAGCAAGGCGGUCAGUCACAUGAUGUCGACGCUGCUCUUCCCUCUGGUCACCUUUGUGCUGCUGCUGGUCUGCGUGGCGUACUGGGCAGCCACUGCCUUAUAUUUGGCCACUUCUGGAGAGCCAGUCUACAGAGUUGUGGCUCUUAACUCUUCCAUGGACGACUGUAAGAGUAUCAGAGGAGACGUCCAGUGUGACCCUCAGAACUUCACCGCCUCAGCUUUCCCGUCCUGCCCCUCAGCCAGCUGCAUCUUUGUCAACUACAAUGAGGAAGGUCUGUUCCAGAGAAACCUCUUCAACCUGCAGAUCUACAACGCCGUGGCCUUUCUUUGGUGCGUCAACUUCGUCAUCGCUCUGGGUCAGUGCACUCUGGCGGGGGCCUUCGCCUCCUACUACUGGGCCUUCACCAAGCCGGACGACAUCCCCAUGUUCCCCCUCAGUGCCUCCUUCAUUAGGACGCUCAGGUACCACGUCGGCUCCUUGGCCUUCGGAUCGUUGAUCUUGACUCUAGUGCAGAUAGUGAGGAUCCUCCUGGAGUACAUCGACCACAAGACCAGAGGGGCUCAGAACCCAGUGGCUCGGUUCAUUCUGUGCUGCAUGAAAUGCUGCUUCUGGUGCCUGGAAAAGUUCAUCAAGUUCCUCAACAGAAACGCCUACAUCAUGGUGGCCAUCUACGGCAAAAACUUCUGCGUGUCUGCCAAAAACGCCUUCAUGCUGCUGAUGAGGAACGUGAUCAGGGUGGUGGUCCUGGACAAGGUGACUGACCUGCUGCUGCUCUUCGGGAAGCUGCUGGUGGUCGGAGGAAUGGCCACGUUGUCCUUCUUCUUCUUCUCGGGAAGAAUACUUUUGCCAGGAGACACUUUCCGUUCUGAGAACCUCAACUACUACUGGAUGCCCAUUAUUACGGUGGUGUUUGGGAGCUACCUCAUCGCUCACGGAUUCUUCAGUGUCUACAACAUGUGUGUGGACACACUCUUCCUCUGCUUCUUGGAGGACCUGGAACGCAACGACGGCUCGGUGCAGAAGCCAUACUUCAUGUCCAAGAACCUCAUGAAGAUCCUCAACAAGUCCAACAAGGCGCCCAAACGCUCCAAAGACUGACCUGGAGCUUUAGCAAAGACACAAGAACGUUCUGCUUUGUAAAAGUUUACCAAAGUCACACGCUGGUUUUGCACCUUGAAGAUGUUUCAGUGUGAAGUUGUUGAGUUCUAAUGUGAAAUGUUGGAGAGGUCAUGUAUGUUGCACAAAUACAUGACAAGUUUUAACAUGUGAUUCCUACUUCUUAUUCUGUUGAUGUUGUUGUAUAAAGAUAUAUUUUGUUGGACAUAUUGUACAA